GCUCUGCGGCACAAAGCAUCCCCCCCCUUCCAGGCUCUCCCCAUCGCCUGCAGGUCAGGGUGCUCCUCACCUAGAAACGUGGUGAGGCAGAAACCGCUGCCUGCUUCCCCCCAUGCAAACUGUGGCAGCAGCUCUCGCAGGUUUAGGGGUGCCAGCGGCCUUGGGUGGUGGGUUACAUCCCCCAGCAUCCCCUCGCGCAGCCCAGUCCCCCUCCAUGAGCCCACCAGCCUGCCCCAGCGCUGCUUUCCCGGUGGGGUACAAAAUCAAACCCAAAUGUUUCCACCAAGCGCCAGCUCAGCCCCCAGCAGCGCUGGGAGGUGCCGAGUGUGGGACAACCGUGUGAGCUGAGGACUUGGCCAGUGGGGCUGGGGUUGGUGGCUGUGCAGCACCCCUCUGCCCCCCAUUCUGCCCCAAAUACCGUGGGGAGCAAAGCACCGGGGUGGCUGCGUGGCUGUCAGGAGCUGCAGAAAGUGCUGGAGGAUGGUGGGUGGGAGAGGGGACGCUGUGAACAGGCAGUGGUGUGAGAGGACAGUUUGGGCGUGGGAGAUAAGAUUACAGCCAACAAAGCAAAGCCUUCAAAGCCUGAUCCCUUUGAGAAAGGUGGGAGACUGAGAGGCAAAGCAGAGGCUGCUCCUUGGGGGGGGCACUGGCUUGUGGGUGCCUGCUUUGAGAUGCAGAUGGGGCAGUGGGAAUCAGCUGUGUCUGCAGGAUCUGGGGGAAGACAGCGCCAUUUCCAGGGCCUAUAGCUGGUGUGUGGAGGUGGAUGGUCCCUCCCCAGGUGGGUCAGCACCCGCUGGGUGCAGCUGGUGGGAUUUGCUGGUGGCUUUCCAGUGCAGAGCUGCAGUCCCUGAAGCUUUCCCAGCGACUGUGAAUCAUAGUGCUUGAAAUCCCAGCAGCAAAGAGACUGGGAGGCAAUGCACCGCGGAGGUGCGUGGGGCUGAACACAUUUGUCAGCCCCACGAGCAGGUUCUUGGCUCCAGGAAAAGGCAGAUUUAGGCAGGAAGGUUGCACGCACUCUUUGCAUCCUUUCCAGCACCAGGUGUGUGGUUGGACUUGAGCCUGUAGCACCCAUGCAGCAGGGGAGAGACGCGGGUGCUUUCUGCUCGGAAAAACUCAUCUGGUUCCACUAAACCACAGUCCAUAUCAGAAUCCCCUCCCAGGCUGCUCUCACUGGUUGCAGACCUGUGCCCCACUUGGUGGUACUGGGGCCCAUCUCCACUCGUCCUAGCUGUAGGUAGGCAGGGAGGAGCAGGGCUGAGCAUGACGCCUCAGCUCCCGCCCAAAACCCGCCUUGGCAGCUUGGCCACUUUGCUUUGGCUCCAGGCUACGACUUGUGACUCGCAUCCCAGAAGUAUUUUUAGGCAGAAAUCCACCAAGCGGGAGAGCUCUGGAGAGGAUUUGGCCCUGCUAGCCCUGACUAAGCAGGUUUUCUUGGGCUCAGUGCCUGUGGGUGGAUGCGCAUGUGGCCUGGGGGGACCAGUGGUAGCCCCAGGAGUGUGGCUGGUGGCUGCAUCCGCCUCCAAGGCUGCUGGGGUAAAUGCUGUCUCUGGUCCCUUUGCUGUGGGGACAGGUCAUCCCAGCUGGCAGAGCUGAGGGACAGGCUGGUGCCGAUGUUUUCUUGGGAGUCAGAGAAGGGCUUGGCUGCCCCAGGGUUUUCCCGAGCCUCCUCUCCCUGCAGACCUCGCUGCCCCAAUGGGCUGUGACAAUUUAUGGAUGAAAAAUGGUGCCACAGUCCUUAAACAUGCCACGAGCUGGGGAUUCAUAGGUGGUGCGGCGGCCUCUGCUAAUGGAUUGAAUAACCUGGCUGUCACCUUCAGGGAAAAAACUACAGCCCUGUUCUGUGUGAAAUAUAUUAACUUGGUCCUUGCUUAGUGUUUAAUUGUGAUGGAGCCGGAGAGUCCUGAGCUGAAGCUCAUGGCUGCCACAAGCUCAGUCCAGCCCUUGUUUAUGGCCUUAACGCUUGAGUAGCCAAAUGAAAACCUGGAUUUGAACCGAAAAUGCCAGAGGGGAGAUGCGUGCGAGGGAUUCAGGAGUCACCAAAGCUCACCCAGGGGAGCGGAGCCCCUCUCAGUUGAGUUUCCUGGGCUGCCCCUGCACCUGGAACCACUGGAGGUGGGUUGGGGUCGUCCCCCUCGGCGCCCCCCACCUCCAUCUGCCUCUGCCCUGUAGGGAUGGACCUCUCGGCCAACCAAGACGAGGAGGGUGACCAGGAGACCUACCAGCUGGAGAUCAACAAGGACACCAAGAAAUGCGCCUUCAGGACCUACACUGGGAAGUACUGGACCCUCACCUCCAACGGGGGCAUCCAGUCCACUGCCUCCACAAAGAACGCGAGCUGCUAUUUCGACAUCGAGUGGUGUGACAAGCGCAUCACCCUGAAAGCUGCCAACGGCAAGUACGUGACGGCAAAGAAGAACGGGCAGCUGGCAGCCUCCAUGGAGACAGCUGGUGAGACAGAGCAUUUUGUGAUGAAGCUGAUCAACAGGCCCAUCAUCGUCCUCCGCGGCGAGCACGGCUUUAUUGGGUGCCGGAAGGUGACCGGCACCCUGGACUCCAACCGCUCAUCCUACGACGUCUUCCAGCUGGAGUUCAACGAUGGGGCCUACAACAUCAAGGAUGCCACUGGGAAGUACUGGAUGGUGGGGAGUGAGUCGUCCGUCACCAGCAGCAGCGACACCCCUGUGGACUUCUUUUUUGAGUUCUGCGACUAUAACAAAGUGGCUAUCAAAAUCAAUGGCAAAUACCUGAAGGGUGACCAUGCCGGGGUCCUCAAGGCAUCCGCCGACACCAUUGAUGCCUCCACCCUCUGGGAAUAUUAAUGCACUUUAGCGUACCUCCCAUUGCCAACUUUUCUUUCCCCUCCUUCGUCCUUUUUUUCUUUUGAGUUUUGUUUCUCUCUGUAAAAGGGUUUUCAGACUGGCUUGCCCUUCCCUCCUGCCAUAGAGUCAGGGUGUUAUGUGGGAGGUGGGUCUCCAUAAAUCUCUGUAAGAACUGGAAAAGUGAUGGGGCAGCCUGCCUAUAGCUUUGUAGAGGGGUCUGUUUCUAUUCCCCCCGCCCCUCCAGGUUUGCUAGGCUUGGAAACUGCCCUACCCCCCCCCUCCUGGCCCCAAGCAUCACCUUAGGUAGUUCAUUUUCCUCUCCUCGACUGAAAAAAAAGGGAAUAAGAUCACCUCUGUGCUCACUUCUGCCAUAUCAGCGCUGGCACCGCCUCAGUCUGUGCUGCCAGUGUCCCCCGGAGCACCUGUCCCAUCCCGCCUGCUCCAGGCAGGGGCAGAGCGAUGGUGCUGGGCUCAGGCGGCUCUUCCUGGCUCCUCCCCAGCAGCUUCUCUCUGCUCUUGGCUUUCGGGGCAGGAUCCAUCCCCAGCUGAGCUGUAAGAGGUGACCUUACAUAUCACAGCAUUCCUGGGGACAGGGCUGGCGUGUGCUGGCACAUGUCCCCGCAGAAGAGCCAGCAAGCUGACCUCCCCUGCGCCCCCCCUGCCCCAUGCACCUGGAAAUGAUUUUUUAGGGUGAUCCCGUCUGGAAAGCCUCAGCCUUUCAUCUCAUGGAGCCCCACACUCCUUGUCUCCCUCUGCCCCUCCUUGUGCUUCUGGCUCUGGAGGAGCAUCGUAGACCCAGAUGGUGGGUCCAGCUUGGCAGGCACCUGCCCCGAGGCUGGUCCUGCUGCUGUGCCUGGGAGGGGGAUGGUGUGGAGGGGACACAGAGCAAGCCUGUGCCAAGGUGGGGGCUUCAUCCAGCCCAUCCCCAGCACUGACGGGCUUUGGUCCCCGCAGGAGCCUGGCUUGGCCGAUGCAACCUCCCCUGGGCGGUGGCUGGAAGCAUAAACUGCAGAUUUUGGUUUACAGAAUAGAAAAUUUCCUUAGCAAACUUUGCACAGUGAUAUUUGCUCAGUACCUUUGUUUGUGUUUUUUUUUUGUUUUUUUUUUUCUUUUUUUUCUCUUUUCUUCUCUCAUAAAAUACUGGAACAGUGAAACAAAUCACUGAACACCUAAUGCUGAAUUAGGAAGUGCCCGUUCCUGCGGGCUCCCCCAAGGACGGCAGCUCCCGGUCCCGCAGCCCCCGGGGCACCUGGGCUCGGCUCUCAUGCCAUCGCAACCCUACUGGAAAAAAAAAAAAAGACCAAAA